CCACGGCCAUUCCACCCUCUCCCACAACCUCGACGGCCACUUUCAAGAUGGCACAACUCAUCAUCACACAGACUCGGAGGCACAUCGCCGCAAGACUACAACAACCCAAGCAGCAACCACAGACGAGCCUCCGAGGACUAUCGAGAUCGACCAGGAAUCUUGGGCCGAAGAAACCGACGACCGACAAGAGCUCAUCAACAGAGGAAGCCGAAGACGAGUACCACCACUAUCCAACGACUCACACUACAGCUACCACCGACUCUAGUGCCGGGCUACUCCAAAACCCUUUCCUGCAUGACCCCGCAUACAUCAAACGAUAUCGGGACCCAUCCCGGCAUGACAGCUACGAGAUCCGAGACCACCACCACCCAUACAGCUUCCGCAUCCGGCCCACCGCCACCCAACAGUCGCCUUCGACCUCGAUCUCCUCGCCCGCAAGGAAGGCCCGACUCAGCAUGGAACAGUCCUGGCUCUCCCCCUCGACCUGUCACCAUCAUCCUAGUUCCCAUCCAGACCCGCUGGGGAGCAAUGGCCGUCCCGAUAACCUGGCGAUCUGUUUCCCCGGCUCUAGCUCUCAAUACAUCGGCAUGGGUUCCUUCUUAAUCGAUCAUAAAGAAUUCAAUCUCGUCUGGACUGAAGCACUCGACCACCUCGCCUCGUUCGAAGAAUGGAUGAAAUCCCUCAACCUCGUCGACCAUUUCCUCACCCUCGGCUACUCCCCUCAACAGGCCGCUCUUCUCGGCUCUCCUCCUCCUGCCUCUCCUACUCUUGACCAGCCAAACCUUCGCGAUAUCGUCUUACAUGGCCCUCAAAACGAACUCAGCAGAUGCUCGAAUGCACAGCCUGCUAUCCUAAUCACUAGCAUGGCCUAUCUGAGGACAUUAGAGGUUGAAGGGAAAGUUCCAGUGAGGAAGAUGGCCAAAGUCUAUGCGGGACAUUCGUCAGGCGAAUACACGGCCUGUGUGGCCUCGAACGCGAUCGACUUCAAGAGCGGGAUCCAUCUGACACGAUUGUAUGGAUUGUUGAGCGAACGGUCGAUGCGGUUGGCCGGCCUCUCAGCCUCCACAACCGCCCCCAAACUAAAAACAACAAAAGAAGGAGAGCAGGAAGAAGGAGAGGAAGGAGGUGGGGGGACGAAAUCGCAGAUGUCAGCCUUACUAAUCAACGAGAAAUACCAGGCCUCAUUAGGCCAAAAGACGUAUGAUUACCGGGAAUUGAUCGGGCUUGUCGAGCGGUUCAAUAUGCUCUAUGCGACCGAUGAGCGCAGGAGGAGCGCUUAUCGAGUCCAGAUAGCUAGCUUCAACUCGAGCAACCAGAUCGUUCUCUCGGGCACCCGGCCUGGCGUCUUGGCCGCGUGUGCGUAUCUCAACGAACUCGAGAUUGCGAAUCGGGCCGCCGACUUGCCUUGCUCCUCACCGUUCCAUAGUGAAUUCAUGAGUCCAGCGGCCCAAGGAAUGAAGGUCGCAGUCAACGCGGUCCGGUUCGCCGUCCCGGACCGGCCGAUCCUGGUUACCCGAAACUGUCCCCUCUCAGCCUGUUCGCCAACAAGAUCCUCCUCAGUAGGAUCCACAGAAUCCACGGAGCGACGGAAGCGCAGGAAGACGGACUCGGGCGAGGCGGUGAUGGAGACUGCCUACAUCAGCACCCGCGAGGACCUCGGAAGCCUUCAAACUCAUCUCGCUGAGUCGAUCUGUAGACCCGUCUGGUGGGCCGAAACCGUCAAUGAACUUCUGCUUCCACAUCAUAACCUUCUUCUUCAUCCUUCUUCAAACUCAGAGUCAGAAUCAGAACCGGACUCUUCUCAUUCGAAUCUUCAAUUGCUCUUCGUCGGGCCUGGAAAAGCGCUCUCCAACCUCUGCAAGAAACAGAUCGCUUUCAACGCCCUGCAUCCUCCUCUUCCCUCUCUUCCCACCCACAAUCUCCUAUCGGCUCAAUCUUCUCACCCUCAAGCUCAGCCUUCUCACAAAGUUAUCACCCGUAGCUUGGCUACUGUCGAUGAUUUUAACGCUUUCAGACUCUCUUAACCUCUCGGCUUUCUUUCGCUUUUGUCUCUAUUCUAUGAUUUGGUGUUGUAGCUCAUUCAGAUUCUUCAUUUGUUUGUUGACUUUUUAAUGCCUCGUUUUUGAUUCUUCUCCUCAUCUUGCAUUUCGUUUUUCCUGUCACAUUUCAAAUCAUCUUCGUCUUUCUUUUGCUUUUCUCUUUACUCUUAUCACUCAUGUUUACUUUUUUUUUAUUAUGAUUUUCCUCUACAUAACAUUUUUUUCAUGUUAUCAUGUAAUCUAUGUAUAGAAUAGAAAAGAAAGUUCGUUUUUUUUUUGAAUGUAUUUUAUCU